AUGAGCGAUCGCCCGGCGGCGAGGGGCAGGGAGGGCCGGCGCUACGCUUGCCUCAGCCUCGCUGACACCUACCGGGGCCGCCCGCUCGACGCUCCGAGGGCCGCCGCGGGAUCCAAACCUCUCUCCGGUGACUCCGUUACCCGCCUCCGUUGCAGCGGUGGCCGCCAUGGGCUGCAGAGCCUGGGGAAGGUACCGGCCCGCCGCAUGCCCCCCCCCGCCAACUUACCGAGCCUGAAGGCCGAGAACAAAGGCAACGACCCCAACGUGGCCUUGGUGCCCCGCGACGGCUCGGGAUGGGCCAGCAGGCAGGAGGGCGGCGAGCCCCGGAGUUCCGAGCACUCAGCACCUCCCCGCCGCUGUCGCCGUCGCCGCUGGAUUCGCAGACGCCUGCGGCCGGCAGCCAGAAGGGGAAGGGGGGGGCAGCGAGCCCCGAGACCCCCCCCCGCCCGCAAGCGGGGCAAAGUCCUGGGCUCAGGCCAGCGGUACCCAAGGACCCCCAGCCGAUGGCUCCCGGGCGCCCGUGCUGCCGGGCCGGUUCUCCCGGGGAGGAGUUUCCCACCCUGCGGGCGGGAGGAGACCCGGAGAGGGGCGCCCGCGAGCGGGACGGUGCCGGCGCGUGGUGUGGGCGCGCACCGAGCCCCCGCCCCCACG